GUCACUGAGAGCUCCUGGGGGGUGGUGGAGGAUCCCCCCCGAGGGCGCUGGGGCCCCGGAGCACCCCCCGGCAGAGCCACUCGUGCCCAGAGGCAUCUGCACUGUGCUCCAUUAUCGCAGGGGAUCCAGGAAACAACCACCUCGCGGUAUUUCUGUAGCAGGCAGUGCCCAGUGUGUGCCAGUCGGAAUCACUUUUGGGCACAGGAAGGCUUUUUUAGGCCUGGAUUGUUUAGGUUUUAAGUCUCAGCCUGUCCCAAGGCAUCCUCCCUGAUGUAGCUCAGAGAUCAGAGCUGCACAUUUACCCGCCCGUGCUGGGACUGAACCCGCCCAGAGCAGCGGGAGGGGUUUUCUUGAUGGAUUGGGCAAGAAAUGAUUUGAAGAAAUCUGAAUGUUUUCAAGAGAAACAGGAGCGUCCUCUGCCCCAGAGAAGUUCUGGGCUCUGUAAAGGAAGGAAAACCAGCCAGGAUUUGGAGUGAUAGCUCAGGUCAGGACAGGAGGUGUUCAAGGAUCCCCAGGCCCUGCAUUUGAUGUGAAAAUGACCAAGCUGGGGUUUCUCCGGCUCUCCUAUGAGAAGCAGGACACGCUGCUCAAGCUCCUCAUCCUGUCGAUGGCAGCUGUCCUGUCUUUCCUCCACGAGACUUUUUUCUGUCUUAAGAUUUGAAAGUGUCAUCCACGAGUUUGACCCGUAUUUCAACUACCGCACCACCCGCUUCCUGGCUGAGGAGGGCUUCUACAAAUUCCACAACUGGUUUGACGACCGAGCAUGGUACCCCCUGGGCAGGAUCAUCGGGGGGACCAUUUACCCAGGCCUGAUGAUCACAUCAGCAGCGAUUUACCACGUGCUGCACUUCUUCCACAUCACCAUCGACAUCCGUAACGUCUGCGUGUUCCUGGCUCCCCUCUUCUCCUCCUUCACCACCAUCGUGACUUACCACCUCACCAAAGAGCUCAAGGAUGCAGGGGCAGGGCUCCUUGCUGCCGCCAUGAUCGCUGUUGUGCCUGGAUACAUCUCUCGAUCCGUCGCCGGCUCCUACGAUAAUGAAGGUAUUGCCAUAUUCUGCAUGCUCCUGACCUACUACAUGUGGAUCAAGGCCGUCAAAACUGGCUCCAUCUAUUGGGCAGCCAUGUGUGCCCUCGCCUAUUUCUACAUGGUCUCCUCGUGGGGCGGCUACGUCUUCCUGAUCAACCUCAUCCCCUUGCAUGUCCUGGUGCUGAUGCUCACCGGGCGCUUCUCCCACAGGAUCUACGUAGCCUAUUGCACAGUCUACUGCUUGGGAACCAUCCUCUCCAUGCAGAUCUCCUUUGUUGGCUUCCAGCCUGUCCUCUCCUCGGAGCACAUGGCUGCCCUUGGAGUCUUCGGCUUGUGCCAGAUCCACGCCUUCGUGGACUACCUCCGGAGCAAGCUGAACCCCCAGCAGUUCGAAAUCCUCUUCAGGAGCGUCAUUUCUCUGGUGGGCUUCGUCCUCCUCACCGUCGGCGCCGUGCUGAUGCUCACAGGGAAAAUCUCCCCAUGGACGGGGCGUUUCUAUUCCCUGCUGGACCCUUCCUACGCCAAGAACAACAUCCCCAUCAUCGCCUCCGUCUCUGAGCACCAGCCCACCACUUGGUCCUCCUACUACUUUGACCUGCAGCUCCUUGUUUUCAUGUUCCCAGUUGGUCUCUACUACUGCUUCAGCAACCUCUCAGACGCUCGUAUCUUCAUCAUCAUGUACGGAGUGACCAGCAUGUACUUCUCGGCUGUCAUGGUGCGUCUCAUGCUGGUGCUGGCUCCGGUGAUGUGCAUCCUGUCCGGCAUCGGGGUCUCUCAGGUGUUGUCCACCUACAUGAAGAACCUGGAUAUCAGCCGGCCAGACAAGAAGAGCAAAAAGCAGCAGGACUCCACCUACCCCAUCAAAAAUGAGGUGAGCACCGAGCCGGCUCGGGAAGAUGCCUGGUCCUGGUGGGCUGAGUGCGGGAGGCUGGCGGCCCCAUCCCUCCAGUGCUCAGACCCUGAGUUGUCCCCACAGGUUGCCAGCGGCAUGAUCCUGGUCAUGGCGUUCUUCCUGAUCACCUACACCUUCCACUCCACCUGGGUGACCAGUGAGGCCUAUUCCUCCCCCUCCAUCGUUCUGUCCGCCCGUGGCGGGGAUGGCAGCAGGAUCAUCUUCGAUGACUUCCGAGAAGCUUACUACUGGCUGCGGCACAACACGCCGGAGGAUGCCAAGGUGAUGUCCUGGUGGGACUACGGGUACCAGAUCACUGCCAUGGCCAACCGCACCAUCCUGGUGGACAACAACACCUGGAACAACACGCACAUCUCCCGCGUCGGCCAGGCCAUGGCAUCGACCGAGGAGAAAGCCUACGAGAUCAUGAGGGAGCUGGACGUCAGCUACGUGCUGGUCAUCUUUGGCGGCCUCACCGGGUACUCAUCCGAUGACAUCAACAAGUUCCUGUGGAUGGUGCGGAUCGGGGGCAGCACGGACACGGGACGCCACAUCAAGGAGCACGACUACUACACCCCCACCGGGGAGUUCCGAGUCGACCGCGAGGGCUCCCCGGUGCUGCUCAACUGCCUCAUGUACAAGAUGUGCUACUACCGCUUCGGCCAGGUCUACACCGAGGCCAAGCGACCGCCAGGCUACGACCGGGUGAGGAACGCCGAAAUCGGCAACAAGGACUUUGAGCUGGACGUGCUGGAGGAGGCGUACACCACAGAGCACUGGCUGGUCCGAAUAUACAAGGUGAAAGAUUUGGACAACCGUGGGUUGUCGAGGACGUAGAGGAGCCGGCGCCAGCCGCGCCGGACACCGCACUGACCCAGCCUUGGCCUGUGCAGCAGAGAUUUGGGGGUUUGGUGGGGUUUCGAGGGGGGCUGUUUCGGGUUUGUUUUAUACCGUUUGUAAGCGCAGGCAGCGGUGGGAGGACCCUGCCCGCCCCAUCCUGCCGGGAGUGAUUUUUGUAUACACACAGAGCCGUCGCCAAAUCAGGAGCUGCGGCUCUCACCGGGGCUGAUUGACCAGGAAUUGUGAAGAAUACAAAUAAAUACAAAUAAAUUUGG